ACCCUAAAUCUCCAUUAACAUUCAAGAUCCUUCCAACUCAAUUCUUCUCUCCCUUUCUUACUCCACUCUCUCUCUCUCUCUCUCUCUCUCUCUCUCUCUCUCUCUCUCUCAUCAGCCAUCGCCCAUUUUUUGCAAUCAUUCUCAAUUCCUGUAGAACCAAAGAAAACCCACAAAAGUAAACAAUCAAUCGCUCAAGAAACCAGAAGAUUCCUCAUUCCCCCAUAAAACAACAAGAAAAAUAAAGUGGGAGGAAGACUAUCACCAUUCACCAACACAGAGAACCAUUCCUUUUUUCUUCUUUAUCUUCAUCAAUUGCAUAGCUCCACCAUCGAUUUCUUGAGAAGAAAACUGGAUGCUGCUUCAACCCUAAUCACAUUCCACGAAAAUCAGGCAAGAAUUUGAAUGAUUAUGAAGUUAUCUUCAUCUCAUAUGGAUAACAUCCCAUCGACACCUGGGAAAUUCAAGAUGGAUAAAUCCCCAUACAUUCAUAGAUUCAGACACUAUUCAUCUCUAGCAAAACUCACAUUUUGGAGCUUUGUUUUCCUCGGAUUAAUCGUCGUCUUCUUCUUCAAAUCACCAUCCACAUCACCACCAAACUCAAUGCCAUCAGAUCUCUCUCGCAGAUCUUUAAAAACCAGUUCGUGGGGUGGACCCGCGUGGGAAAAACGGGUCAGAUCAUCUGCCCGGAUCCGAUCCCAAAAUGGGUUAUCGGUAUUGGUAACCGGAGCUGCCGGAUUCGUCGGUACCCACGUCAGCGCCGCCUUGAAACGCCGUGGAGACGGCGUUUUAGGUCUUGAUAAUUUCAACAACUACUACGACCCAACACUCAAGAGGGCUCGCCAAGCCUUACUCGAAAGAAGUGGGAUUUACAUCGUCGAAGGUGACAUUAACGACAUCGCAUUGCUCCAAAAACUCUUCGAGGUAAACCCUUUCACUCACGUAAUGCAUUUAGCAGCUCAAGCCGGUGUUCGAUACGCCAUGGAAAACCCAAAUUCUUAUGUUCAUAGUAACAUAGCUGGCCUUGUUAAUCUUCUCGAAGUCUGUAAAAACGCUAAUCCACAACCUGCUAUAGUUUGGGCAUCAUCUAGUUCUGUUUACGGAUUAAACAGCAAAGUACCCUUUUCGGAAAAAGAUCGAACCGAUCAACCAGCAAGCUUAUACGCCGCUACAAAAAAAGCAGGUGAAGAAAUCGCACACACUUAUAAUCACAUAUAUGGUUUAUCGUUAACGGGUUUAAGAUUCUUCACUGUUUACGGACCUUGGGGAAGACCAGACAUGGCGUAUUUCUUUUUCACUCGAGAUAUCUUAAAAGGGAAAUCGAUUCCAAUCUUUGAAGCUUCAAAUCAUGGAACUGUGGCGCGUGAUUUUACUUACAUCGACGAUAUUGUAAAGGGUUGUUUGGGUGCUUUAGAUACUGCGGAAAAGAGUACAGGAAGUGGAGGGAAGAAGAAAGGACCUGCGCAAUUGAGGGUUUUCAAUUUGGGGAAUACGUCACCUGUUCCUGUAUCGGACCUUGUGAGCAUUUUGGAGAAAUUAUUGAAAGUGAAAGCGAAGAGAAUGGUGAUGAAGUUGCCUAGAAAUGGUGAUGUUCAGUUUACACAUGCGAAUAUUAGUUUUGCUGAAAGGGAAUUUGGUUAUAAACCAACAACUGAUCUUCAAACGGGUUUGAAGAAAUUUGUGAGAUGGUAUGUUAGUUACUAUGGUUCUGGGAAGAAGAACAGUCAUUGAGAAAUUGAAGCUCAUGUCUUGUGGUAAUUAUUCUCAGAUUCUUGUUUUUGUUUUUUGGUGUUCACAUGAUUAUUUCUGUUUAUGUUUUUGUGAUCUUUGUUUUCAUAUAUUGUAAUGAUGAUGAGGAGGCCUGAAAAAGAAAGAAAUCCCACGAUUUUUGUGAUUUGUACCAAAGAGAAACUAAGAAUAUGUGCUUGUGGUGGGAGUUGUAUUAUUUUAUGGAAUUUAAAUAAAUAGAAGUAGAACACAAUAGUUUGGAUGUUAUGAGUUUCUUGAUCUAAGUUUGGGUUCAAAUAAAGGAUGUAAUAAGUUUCUUGAUUCAAGUUUGAAUUUUUGGUUUUGUUGAAA